GUUUCCAAAAUAUUGCACUUCGUUUCUUGUGGGCAUCACUGGAAAAAGGGUUUGAUUUGGUCGUGGUUUUAUGUCUCAAUUUGUUAGUUGUAUCCCAAACCGAGACUGCUAAUACUUUGGAAAAUCAACCAGCGGAGGAUCCUCCUUCAUCAAGAUUCACUUGGAAGAUUGAUAACUUUUCUAGGUUAAACACUAAGAAGCAUUAUUCCGAUGUUUUUGUCGUUGGUGGUUAUAAAUGGUACAUUGCUUAUUCCCUUGUUGAUAGCACUUGUCCCCUCUUUUUCCCCUUACUUUUCUGUUUCGGUGAUAGUAGUUGAGGAUUGAUGCUCUUGGUUUUGAAUUUCUUAGGCGAAUAUUGAUAUUUCCAAAGGGUAACAAUGCGGAUCAUUUAUCUAUGUAUUUGGAUGUUGCUGACUCAGCAAGUUUACCCUAUGGGUGGAGUAGAUAUGCACAGUUCAGUUUGGCAGUAAUUAAUCAAAUUCAUAAUAAAUUUUCAGUCAGAAAAGACACACAACACCAAUUUAAUGCAAGAGAAAGUGAUUGGGGUUUUACAUCCUUUAUGCCGCUUGGUGAGUUAUAUAAUCCUUCCAGAGGGUAUCUUGUGAAUGAUACUCUGAUUGUUGAAGUAGAGGUUGUUGUCCGCAAAAUUGUGGAUUACUGGGCACAUGACUCAAAGAAAGAAACUGGUUAUGUCGGUCUUAAGAAUCAAGGAGCAACAUGUUACAUGAACUCCCUGCUCCAAACUCUUUAUCACAUUCCUUACUUCAGAAAGGCAGUUUAUCACAUGCCUACAACUGAAAAUGAUAUGCCAUCUGGAAGCAUUCCUCUUGCUCUGCAGAGUUUGUUUUACAAACUCCAGUACAGUGACAACAGUGUUGCAACAAAAGAGCUUAUCAAAUCUUUUGGAUGGGACACAUAUGAUUCUUUCAUGCAGCAUGACGUUCAAGAACUUAAUAGAGUUCUAUUUGAAAAACUUGAAGAUAAAAUGAAGGGAACUGCUGUGGAGGGCAUCAUACAGAAAUUGUUUGAAGGCCACCAUAUGAACUACAUUGAGUGCAUUAAUGUGGAUUAUAAAUCUACAAGGAAUGAGUCAUUUUAUGACCUUCAGCUUGAUGUUAAAGGCUGUCGAGAUGUAUAUGCUUCUUUUGACAAGUAUGUAGAAGUUGAACGUCUUGAAGGUGAUAAUAAAUAUCAUUCUGAGCAAUAUGGAUUGCAGGAUGCUAAGAAGGGUGUGUUGUUCAUUGAUUUCCCUCCGGUCCUUCAACUUCAGCUUAAACGAUUUGAAUAUGAUUUUAUGCGAGACACCAUGGUCAAGAUUAAUGACCGUUAUGAGUUCCCUUUGCAACUUGACCUUGACCGAGAUGAUAGAAAAUACUUAUCACCAGAAGCUGAUAGGAGUGUUCGGAAUCUUUACAUGCUUCACAGUGUCCUCGUUCAUAGUGGUGGUGUGCAUGGUGGUCAUUAUUAUGCAUAUAUCAGGCCGACUCUUUCUGAUCAGUGGUAUAAAUUUGAUGAUGAAAGAGUAACCAAAGAAGAUACGAAAUGGGCAUUAGAGGAACAGUAUGGUGGGGAAGAGCUACCACAGACAAAUCCUGGAUUCAAUAAUACCCCUUUUAAAUUUACCAAAUAUUCAAAUGCGUACAUGCUGGUGUAUAUACGAGAAAGUGACAAGGACAAAAUAAAAUGUGAUGUGGAUGAGAAGGAUAUUGCAGAACAUCUUAGGGAGAGAUUGAAGAAAGAACAGGAAGAAAAAGAACAUAAAAAGAAAGAGAAGGCAGAGGCACACCUUUACACUAUCAUAAAGGUUGCACGAGAUGAUGACCUUGCAGAGCAGAUUGGCAAGGAUGUUUAUUUUGAUCUUGUGGAUCAUGAUAAAGUCGGGAGUUUCCAUAUUCAGAAGCAGACAACUUUCAAUGUGUUUAAGGAAGAGGUUGCUAGAGAGUUUGGUAUACCAGUGCAAUUUCAGCGGUUCUGGUUGUGGGCCAAGCGUCAAAACCAUACCUACCGUCCAAACCAGCCAUUGACACCUUUGGAGGAAACACAAUCAGUUGGAACCUUGAGAGAGGUAUCAAAUAAGGUUCAUAAUGCAGAACUAAUGUUGUUCCUGGAAGUUGAGCUUGGACUGGAUUUACGACCGAUCACUCCACCAUAUAAAACAAAAGAAGAUAUUAUGCUUUUCUUCAAGCACUAUGAUCCUGAGAAAGAAGAACUUCGCUAUGUUGGAAGGAUGUUCGUGAAAAGUGCAGGCAAGCCAAUAGAAAUUUUGUCCAAAUUGAACAAAAUGGCAGGGUACGCUCCUGAUGAAGAAAUCGAUCUUUAUGAGGAAAUUAAGUUUGAGCCCAGUGUUAUGUGUGAACCAAUUGACAAGAAAAUCACAUUCCGAACUAGCCAGCUUGAGGAUGGUGACAUAAUUUGCUUUCAAAAGUCCCUCCCUGCUGAAAGUACUACUCAGUACCACUAUCCAGAUGUUCCUUCAUUUCUGGAAUAUGUUCAUAACCGCCAGGUUGUGCACUUUCGAUCUUUGGAAAAACCCAAGGAAGAUGAUUUCUGUCUGGAGAUGUCAAAGCUUUAUACUUAUGAUGAUGUUGUUGAAAGAGUAGCUCAGCAACUUGGUUUGGUUGAUCCAUCGAAAAUCAGGCUUACUUCGCACAACUGUUACUCUCAGCAACCUAAGCCUCAGCCUAUUAAGUAUCGUGGAGUGGAUCAUUUGUCUGACAUGCUGUUCCACUACAAUCAGACUUCUGAUAUUUUAUACUAUGAAGUAUUAGACAUCCCUCUGCCAGAAUUACAAGGUUUGAAAACACUGAAGAUAGCAUUUCAUCAUGCUACAAAGGAUGAAGUUGCUAUCCAUACUAUUAAGCUUCCGAAACAGAGCACUGUUGGUGAUGUGAUUAACGAUCUUAAGACAAAAGUGGAGUUGUCUCAUCCUGAUGCAGAACUGAGGUUGUUUGAAGUCUUCUAUCACAAGAUCUACAAGAUUUUCCCACCUAGUGAGAAGAUUGAGAAUAUAAAUGACCAAUACUGGACACUGCGGGCAGAAGAGAUUCCAGAGGAAGAGAAAAAUCUUGGUCCAAAUGACCGACUAAUUCAUGUUUAUCACUUUACUAAGGAGACAGCUCAGAACCAGAUGCAAAUUCUGAAUUUUGGCGAUCCCUUUUUUUUGGUGAUUCAUGAAGGUGAGACUUUGGCCGAAAUAAAAGUUCGAAUACAGAAGAAGCUUCAAGUUCCAGAUGAGGAGUUCGCUAAGUGGAAAUUUGCCUUCCUCUCACUUGGCCGGCCAGAGUACCUUCAAGAUUCUGAUAUUAUAUCUAAUUGUUUUCAGAGGCGAGAUGUUUACGGUGCUUGGGAGCAGUAUCUUGGAUUGGAGCACUCUGACAUUGCUCCUAAAAGAGCUUAUGCAGUUGGUCAGAACCGGCACACUUUUGAGAAGCCAGUAAAAAUCUACAAUUAGGGAAUAUUUUAGAUUACCUUGAUAAAACAUUGCACACAAGUCUGGCUAUCUACAUGGAUUAUUUAGAGUGGGGAGGACACUUGUGACGAUGUGAGGCAACAAGUUAGCAUUAAGAGUCUACGACAUUUGCACGUUGAUUUGUCAGAUAAGUAAUUCUUUUUGAUAGUGUGGGUUGGAAGGACUUCCUUAUCUAAUCAAGCGUGCAGCUAAGAAUGUCGGUUGUGAUCGCAACUUACAUGUUUAAAGACACGGAGAUGGAGGUUAAGGGCAGUUCCAUUUGGAGUAAUGAGGUCAGUUGCCUGUAUAAGUUGACAGUACAUAAACAAGAUUUUGGAAUAGUGAGACAUGUAUACAUAGUGAGAGUAUAGGUGGGACUUGGGAGGCUAUUGUCAUGAAUCCCCACCCUUGUUUGCUACUUGAUUUUGUCCAUGUUGAUGAUGAUUGAUACAUUUGGCAAAAAUAUUGGGCUUUUCAAAUGGUUUUGAAAUUUGAUUGCCAUUCUUUGCAGUCCCAAACUCUUGUUCAGUUCUUUGUAUGUGUGUUCAUCACAGCCGCUAAUGGGCUGUUUUUCAUUCCUAUAUUAAAGACGAGAUACUUCAAUCCUA